AGAAAUCGUGUGCCCUAGACGUACCUCACCCACCCAGAGCCAAUCUCGCCUCCCCUCCCCUCCCCUCGCCUCCCCCUCCCCUGGCGGCGCCGUCGUUCUCCACCAGGAAGGAAAGAGGAUCUUUGAGGUGUUGGAUUGAUCGGAGAUGAGCGCCCGGCGGUUUUUGAACAUCCUGGUGUCGGAUUGCCAGAAAUUCACGUACAUGCUGCGGCGCUUCGACCUAUCCCACAACCAGUUCUUCUACCCAACACCAGAAGAAGCAGCGGAACAUGCCAAAGUGGUGCCUCCAUUGACAGGCAUGCCCGACAAGUCAACCCUAUCAGCUAACUCCUCGGCGGGGGCGGGGCACAACAAGAAGAAGAAGCCGAUGUAUAUUCGGCCGCCGGCACCGAUGGUGAACAUGAAACCAUCGAUAUGCGCCAAGACUCGGUACGAUCGAUGGGGCGAGAUGGAUUGCUUCCCUCUCACUGAAACCAAGCUCUUCUUCACCGACAGCUCCGCGCGCAUCUUCCGCUUCGAUGCCGACACCCACUGCAUCGACACCAUGCCCAGCCUCCACACGCCCAAGUCCGACCCCUUGUCCUUCUCCAUCCCUCCAAAUCCGACCACCUCCAAGGAAGGCGAAGGCGAAGGCGGAGGCCUCUACAUCAUGGACAGGAUCCUCAGGCCCAACAAGGAGGGUCAGGUCCAGUUUGAGUCUAUCUCGUACCGCAGGCGCUGCAACCACUCCAGCAAGGCCUGGCACUGCGACGCCCUCCCGCCGCCGCCUUUCGUCCACGACCCGGCCUACAAACAAGCCUCCAUCUGCUCCUAUGCCCUGGUUGGCGGCCACACCAUCUGUAUCUCCAUCAGGGGCGUCGGCACCUACUGCUUUGACACGCUGGCUUGCGAGUGGAGCAAGGCUGGCAACUGGCUCAUGCCGUUUCAUGGCAGGGCGGAGUAUGACCCGGAGCUCGGCCUCUGGCUUGGCGUCUCUGAGCGCAACAUCCACCUCCCCUGCGUCGCCGACAUCUCCGGUGUCCUCAGAGGGGAGGAGCCGCUGCCGGAGCACACUCGAAUCUGGGAGGAUACUGACAUGCCAGAGGGGUGGUACCCGCACAGUCAGUGCCCCACCGAAGUUGUCAGCCUGGGUUCAGGCAGGUUUUGCGUCACCAACUUCGUUGAAACUAAGGAGUUCGAUGAGCGCUGCGGCGAUUCGGUGGUUGACGACAUAUUUGCUGUCUUCACCGGCAUGGAGCUAGUGUUACCCGGCAAUGACAAUGAUGAGGGCAAAGCCAACAGCAACAGCAAGGGCGACUCCAAAGGCAAUGCCAAUGGGAACGGCAACGGGAUUGCUGGUGUGCGUAUGAUUAAGCAUAAAUCCAGAUCUUGCAGGAGUCGCGGCACCAACUUGAUCAAGUCUGUGCUCUGAUGAGAGCCAUAAUAGUCUGCUCUCAGGCCAUGUCCUACUUGGUCUGCCUGCUUUACCCUCUCUAUCUCUACUCUGAUAUAUGUAUUGUAAUAAGAUACCGUAUGUAUGUUGAGGCUUCAUUUGCGAUAUAUUCAUGCUGCUCUUUUGUA